AUGCAACCUUACUCGGGGAACUGGACCCUGGUGACUGAAUUUGUCAUGGUGGGCUUUGCUGGUGUCCAAGAAGUCCGCCAUCUUUUCUUCCUCCUCUUCCUCAUCAUGUAUCUGUUCACUGUGGCAGAGAACUUGGCCAUCAUCCUUGUGGUGGGCUUAGACCAUAGGCUCCAGAGACCCAUGUACUUCUUCCUGACCCAUCUUUCUUGUCUUGAAAUCUGGUAUACUUCAGUCACUGUGCCCAAGAUGCUGUCAGGAUUCAUUGGGAUAGCUGGGGGCAAGACAAUCUCCUAUGCCGGCUGCCUGUCCCAACUUUUCAUCUUUACCUUCCUUGGUGCCACAGAGUGUUUUCUGCUCGCUGCCAUGGCAUAUGACCGGUAUGUGGCUAUCUGUGAGCCUCUCCGUUAUGCGGCUUUGGUGUCCUGGGGUACCUGCAUCCGCCUGGCUGCUGCCUCCUGGCUGCUGGGUUUCCUCACCCCAAUCUUGCCCAUCUACCUCAUGACCCAGCUCACAUUCUGCAGUUCUAAUGUCAUCGAUCACUUUUUCUGUGAUGCAUCGCCCCUGCUGGCACUCUCAUGCUCAGAUGUUACACUGAAAGAGACAGUUGACUUCCUGAUCUCACUGGCUGUGCUUCUGGUCUCAUCUGUGGUCAUUGCUGUGUCCUAUGGUAACAUUGUCUGGACGUUACUGCACAUAAACUCGGCAGCAGAACGCUGGAAGGCUUUCUCCACCUGUGCUGCUCACUUGACAGUUGUGAGCCUUUUCUAUGGGACACUUUUCUUCAUGUAUGUCCGGACCAAGAUGGCCUCCUCUAUGAACUUCAAUAAAGUGGUGUCAGUGUUCUACUCUAUUGUUACACCCAUGCUCAAUCCUCUCAUCUAUAGCCUUCGAAACAAGGAGGUGAAGGGAGCCCUGGGCAGAACCUUCUCACUCAAGUUGUUUAAAGGGUCAUGAAGAGGGGCUUUCUUUACACCUACUGGACCCUUUCUACCCUCUGCAAUACUCUGAUGGAAAUCCUGCAUCUCUGCAAAGCUCAAGAAGCAGGAGUACUUCCCUCCCUCUCCAAUCCUUCUGCCCCCAUUAUUGUGCUCCAAGAACACUGAGACUUGUGGGUGAGUGAAGAGAGAAUCAUCUUUUCAAGAGUCAAGAACCUUGUGUCUGGCAUCAUUUAUUGAUUUAUGCAAAACUAUUAUUAAGUUCUUACUAUGCACCAGGCUUUGGACUGGCUACUGGUACAGCAGAGACACAAUAAUGAAAAAUACUCUUGCUCAUAAGUAGCUUAGAUUCUUUGGGGAUAGACACAAAUAGAAAAGUAAGCAUAAGGUCUAGAGACAGACAGUGCCCCUGUGAUCUUUUUGGUGUUGAUAACUCCCAGUGGAGGAAAUACUUUCAAUUCAGAUCACAACACAGGUUGGCAUUUUAUUUGAAACUUAGAAACUAAAAGAGUGGUUUAGGACAUUGAGAGAUUGUGGUCUUGGUCCACAUUGCCAUAAGGUUGGAGGCUGGACUUGAACCCACAUCUUCUUGGCUUUCAGGAGGGCUCUUUACCCACUAAUGCCACAAUGCCUCUGUACAGAAAUAUUUCUGGCCCCGGAGAAGGGAGGACAUUAACAACUGGGAAUUAGGAGGGCGUCUUUUAGGAGAUGGGACUUGAAAUGAGCCUUGAUGUGGAGCCCAAGGUUCUACAAGGAGACAAUAAGGAGAGAGGAUGUUCCAUACU